AUGACUGGAUUCAGGUCUCGGGCGACCCAAUGGGGAUACCGAUGGAGGUCCUCUGAAAACUUCAUCCUAGCUACAGUAGCCGGAGGGAUCAUGCGGAGCAUGUUCCUCUGGAGCUUUAUCAUCCCCCUCCUCCCUUACAUGCUAGAAGAGCGCAUUGGCCUCGACAAAACGAAGACGCAGAAUGUGACGUUCCUCGUAUUGGCAGAAACGGCCUUGACGUCUGCCGUGUCCAGCCCUGUCAUCGGCACGCUCGCAGAUCGCUGGGGUGCUAAGACGAUCUUUCUCUUCUUCUCCGUGGCUCUGGCGACACUGUGUACAGUCAGUGUUGCACUUGCACGUAGCAUAACUGUCAUCUUCGUCGCACGCUUCUUCCAAGCCAUUGCCGACAACUGCAUGUGGAUCGGAGGCUUGGCGGUCAUCGGCCGGACCUUCCCAGCGCACAACUUCGGCAAAGUUAUGUCAGUGUUGAGCGUGACCGUUGCCGUCGGAACCUCCGCGGGACCCGUUCUCUCCGGGAUCCUCUUAGAGAGAGGAGGCUAUUGGGUGGCAUGGAGCAGCGCCUUCGCGGUCCUCGUUGUCGACGCAGCCCUGCGCUUGCUAAUGAUCGAGCGCAACCCCGACGAAUCAACAGCGUCGCACAAGCAACGCUCACACCUCACCUCCAACUCCGACCCCGAACGCGCGCCCUUACUACCGCGCACGCUCCCCACCGACUCAUGGCAUCACCAGCAACCCACCUCGCUGCCCAACACAAACCCGGCCGCGACACAGAUCCCCGAACAAGCCGGCCUCCAAUACUACCGCUACCUCCUCCGUCAACCACGCUUCACCGCCGCGAUGACCGCCUACACAUUUUACGCAAUGCUCGUCGCCAGCUUCGACACCACCCUGCCACUGCACAUCCGCGACAUCUUCGGCUGGGGCAGUCUACCGGCGGGGCUGCUAUUCGUCGGGCUGCAAGUCCCCGGGAUCCUCCUGACGCCUGUGUGCGGGUGGCUGAAGGACCGCGUGGGCACGCGCCUGCCCACGACGCUGGGGUUCCUGCUGCUGACCCCGUGCCUCUGGGUGCUAGGGGUUCCCGGAGACGGGCGGUUUCCGUGGGCGAGCGGCGAUUCACAAACGGGAAAAGCGCUCUACACCGCGGCCGUGGUGGUCAUCGGGUGUUUUUUCUCGGCGCUGAACGGUGUGGGGUUCCUAGAAGCUACACUCACCAUCAACGAACUCGAAGCCAAGCAUCCGGGCAUCUUCGGCCCCCACGGCGGCCACUCCCGCGCCCAGUCCAUCGCGUGGAUGGGCUGGACGAUCGGCAUGUUCCUGGGCCCGAUUGUGUCGGGCCUGUUGGUCGAUAAGAUCGGGUAUCUGGAUUUGAACUUUAUCUAUGGCAUUCUGUCGCUCGUGUUUGCUGUGGUUGUAUUUGUCGCCUUUUCGAGAAAGAAGGAGUAA